UAAAAGGCCCUCCUCUCUCUUCGACUCAUCCACGCUGGUUCCCUUGACUUGCCGCCGCCCCACUGCUUGAAUACCGCCAAACCCUCGGCCUCCACACCGAGAGCCCCACGCACAAACAGGCGAAUCCCACAUGAGCCUCUCACCGCCCCGAUGUCCCCAACAAGCGUCCUAGCGACGCUACGAGCAAAUAUCAUGAUAUGCGCCGAUGGUUUAGUGGUAAAAUUCUCCGUUGCCAUCAAGCAGCGUCGGGGAGCCGGGGGUUCGAUUCCCCCUCGGCGCACUUUGUAUCCCUCACUUCUCUUGCUUUUCCCCUCUUUUUCCUAUUUACACAGAAGUGGGUUUAGUAGCCAUGCAAGUAUAUACAUACCCACACCGGUUUGUAGACGGCCGUCAUUUCACACGCUUAGGACUUCUCGAAUCUCGAUACUACUAACCCAGAGCCAAACUAGCCCAUCCGCGCAAGGAUCACGAGGCCGUACUUCUCGUCGCCUCCCCGAGGCCUGGAACGUGCUGAAGGCGAAGUGGUUGUUUUUGAGGUGGGGCGGCUGGCCGGGUGUGCGUCGUGUCCGCGGAGAUGGCAGCGAGCUCACGCUCGACCUCGGGGCGGCCGACGACCCGGGCGACACCCAAGACGGGAUGUGGUGUCGAUAGCAACACGCGGGAGCUCCUUGUACCAGUUUCUGACGCAGAGCCAGGUGCUCUGUAUCUCUGUUUCUGACGUCUUUCGGCUGUUGGACAGUGGACUCGCUGUUGGGAUUAGAGGGGGGUUACAGCGUCGGUUCGAGGGGUGGGCGUCGCUUGGCCUCGCGUAUGUUAA